AUGUUAGCGUCGUCGCAAAAGUCGCAAACGCCUCAAAAUCCACCCCCGAACUCACAAAUAACCGCGGCUCAACUUCAAGCUCUAGCUAUGGGUUUGGCCGCGCCUUUGCCUGGUUUUGCUUCUCCACCUUCGCUUCUACAAAAUAUGGCAGCCAAGAAUGGGCAAAAACAACAUUGCUAUCUCUGUGAUUAUCCGAGAAUGCCUUGGGCAAUGUGCCAUGACUAUGCUGAGGUUGUUUGUCGAGGGUGCGUGAACUACGAGGGGGCUGAGAAGUAGGUUUUUAAAUGUGUUUUAAACCUAUUUAUUGGUUUUUUGAAGUCGUUUCUAAGCCUAAGGUUUGACCGUUGAGCCUAAAUUUCUUCUUAACUGCAUUUUCAAGCCUAAGGGGCCUUUCUAAGUUUAAAUGUCUACUUUUAAGCCUAAAAUUUAUUUUUAUAACUAAAUUUUAUGUUUUAAGGUUCAUUUUUGAGCCUUGAUUUGAUUUUUAAGCCUAUGGUUUAUUUUUAAGCCUAAAAUUCAUUGCUGAGCAUGAAUUUCGUUACUAGGCCUAAAAUAAUUACUACUUUUAUAGGAUUGAAGCCGUAAUCGAAACAGCUCGCAAAAUGAAGCAGAUCCACGAAGUGACUUCUCAACUCGAAGUCUCCUCAAACUCAUCAACCUCUCCACCCAUCCACAACAACAACAACAACCCACCCAAGCCUAUGAAAGAAUCUCCGAAACCCCAACCUAAACCUACUGUAUUCCCACAAAAUACGGUACCAUCAGUACUACCCCAACUGCCCAACCUGGCACAAUUUGGUCAAGACUUCUACGCCCAACAACGAUUAUUAGGUAUGACAAGAAGUUUGGCCAAUGGACAAAUUGACGAUUUGCAAAUGGCGCAACUCCGGCAACUUUUGCCGUUUUUACCACAGCCUUUGUUGGGAAAUGGACUGCCUAAUGCUACGAAUGGCUUUGCUAAUUUGGGAAGUUUGCCAAUGGUGAAUAGGAAAAGGAAUCAUACUGAUGAGGUUAAGAGUGAUGUGUAUUCGAAAUUGCAUAAAGGUAAGAAGUUAAGAAAUUUUUUUUUAUUUUUUAAAAUUUGAAACUAAACAAAACAAAAAAAUCAGAAACAAAAAAUUCAAAAUCGUUAAAAAUUUUUAGAUUACAAUUUUACUUUUUCGUAAGCCUAAAUCUUUUUAAGCAAGAGUUUUAUUCUUCAACCAAAAAUUUGAGCAUUUAAGCCUAGAAUACUGAUUUAAACUUCAGAUUUAUUUUAAAGCUUGGCAUUUCAUUUUUAAGCCUAAUUUUUACUUUUAAGCCUAAGGUUUAUUUUUAAGCCUAAAUUUUAUUUUUAAGCGUAGAAUUAUAUUUUGUUGCUUAAAUUUUAUUUUUAAGUCUAAGGUUUUGUUUUUAAGCCUAGAAUUUAUUUCUAAGCCUAGAAUUAUAUUUUUUAAUUUAAAUUUCUUUUUAAGCCUACAUAGCAUUUUUAAGCCCAAUGUUCUUUUUAAGCCUAAAUUCAAGUUUUAGGCUUAGAAUUCAUUUCUAAGCCUAAAGUUUCACUUUUAAGCCUCCUUUUUAUUUUUAAGCUUAAAUUUUAUUUUGGAGCCUAGAAUUCAUUUCUAAGCCUAAAAUUUCACUUUUAAACCUAAAUUUCAUUUUUAAGCCUAAACUUUCAUUUUUAGGCCUAAUUUUACUUUUAAACUUAAAUUUUAUUUUUAAGCCUGAAGUUUCACUUUUAAGUCUAAACCCUCACUUUUAAGCCUAAAAUUUGAUCUUUAAUGCUAAAAUCAAUUUUUGUACAAAUUAACAACCUUAAAAUAAACUGUACUGUAAGCCUUGACAACCGGUUUGAAUUUGCAGUAAAUUUUACAUUUUUUACACAACACCCGUUCCGAUUCGCACCAUGCACUUUUUUCUUAAAGGGCAAAGAAACAUUCUUCCAUUUUUUGUCUAUCACCAAACAAAUAACCUUGUAAUGUACAGUAACUUGAAAAGAACCCAGCGAUGGCUGAAUGCCAAACUUUCUUGCUACGACCUUGUCAAUGGAGGUGGCAAAACAUAAAUUUUCCGAAAUUUACGGUUUUGGCACACCGCGGGAGGCUUGAUUUGCAUAGGUUUUGACCUUUGGGUUUAAAAUGACUUUAUAGGCUUAAAAUAGGAAUUUUAAGCUCAAAAAUGAAACUUAAGGCUUAAAAUUGAACUUUUGGCUUAACAAUGAGUUUUAGGCUUAUUAAUGAAGUUUAGGCUUAAAAAUGAAACUUUAGGCUUAAAAAUGAAAUUUAGGUUCAAAAAUAAAUUUUAGGUUUCAAAGUUAAACUACAGGCUUAAAAACGCAACUUUUGGCUCAUAAAUGAAGUUUUAGGCUUAUAAAUGAAAUUUUAGGCUUAAAACUAAAAAUUAUGUUGAAGAACAAUUAUUAAGCUUAAAAACAAGUUAGGGCUUGAGGAUGAAUUUUUAGGUUUAAAAUGUUAAAACUAAGCGUAGAAACUAGAGUUUAGGCUUGCACUUAUAUCAUGCUUGACAAGCACAAUCCGCACAGGUAUAGCAAGGCACAUGGCAGAGAACCGCAAUUCCCUGUUUCAGGUAGAGUAUAACAUACUCUGCCCUGUGUUUUAAACUGAGUAAAAAUCAAGCGUAGUUUCAUCAUAGCUCGCUGAUAACUACCUCUAUCUCUAGCUGGAAACCUCUAUCUUCAGCUGGCAAUAGUAACAACUCUAGAUGACAAUAGUACUAACUCCAAAUUACAAUAGUACCAACUACAGAAGAGUAUAGUACUAAACAUUGGUACUAUUGUCAGCUGAAGGUCUCGUACGUAGCCCUCGAAUUAAACCGGGUCAGAGAUUAAAGACGUCGCGACCCACCGGUGGCGGCGGAAAAACCGGUUUUCCGCACAAAUUUUGUUGUUUUUUGAGGGCUCCGGAACGGUCGGCGCUUCUUCUUUCUUUUCGGAAUUGUGACCUGGAAAGAGGCGAGGUCGCGCCGGCCGCCUGGUACGACUCGGUACAGGAAAAAAUUUAAAAAAAAAUUUGUAACCUUGUUGCAAUUACUUGCUCUUCUUUCUUUCUGCUUCAUCGUGAUCAAGAAAAACCAUAUGAUUCGAAAACAAGUUAAGCGGUUUGUUACUGUUAGACGCACUGAAAUUUUACUGUAAAAUGGCUUGUUGUGGAUGGUGGAACUGUAAAAGGCUUGUUGUAGAUGGUGAAAUAUCAAAAAAUGUUGUAAGCAGAGAAAUUUGUAUAAUUUAAUGGCACACGCACAGAAGUGCAAAAUAGUACAUGUAAACAAAAGUAGACUUCUAAAAGGCCAGGCUGAGAUGGACCGGUCUUUUUACAGGUUUUUCUUUUAGGUAUAUUCAAAAAAAAAUUUAUAUUAACGUGGUCCAAAUCUUAACAUUUCUUGAACUUUUGGACUAUAAUUUAAAAUUUUAAGAUAUUUUGGACCAAAUUUAAAACUCCAUGAACUUUUGGACCAAAACUUAAAAUUCUAAGAACUUUUAGAUCACAGUUUAAAGUUCCAUGAACUUUUUGACCAAAACGCAACUUAUAAACUAAAACUUGAAAAUUGCAAGUUUUUCGCACUAUGCUACGUAUAAGUCAUCCUUUAUGUGUAUGUUGUAUGAUAACAACGAUAAAGACCAAAAUUGUUUCAUUUCUCUCCAAAAAUGUGAUAAAACUUCUCAAAUUACAUUAAGAUUGAUCUGAUAGAGAAACUCGAUUGUAAGACAAGUGUUUUUUAGGCAAAAAAACUUAUCAAAGUCCAAUUUUGUGAAGGUUAAACACAUGAUGUAAUAAAUAACAUGUGAUUAACUACUGCCAGUUAGUUUUUGAGGAUGGAAAAAUGAAGAAAAUGUAACGAAAAAAUAAAAAAGUAUUUUAUCGUAAAAUAUAAAGGUUAGUGCUAGGUAUAUGGCUAGACUUAGGGCUAGGGCUAAAGCUAACGAAAUUUUUUUUAUUUUUUGAAAUUUUACAAAAAAAAUGAAAAAAAUAUUAUCCAACCUCUAGACCCUUCCUUUUUAGCUGACACCACCGCUUUCUCCCCAACCAGCCCUCAAAACGCAGUCCGGCCCCAGCCCCUACCAUCUUCUCAACCCAUCUACCGUUGUGUUGGCUGUAACGAGCGGCUAGAGGACACUCACUUCGUCCAAUGCCCUUCGGUAUCUCAACACAAGUUCUGCUUCGACUGUUCCAAGAACGCCAUCAAGAAACAGGUUGGAACAGCCGAAAUAUAUUGUCCUAGCGGUGAGAGAUGCCCACUUCAAGCCAGUAAAUUACCGUGGACAUUUAUGGCCAAUGAAAUCAACACGAUUCUUGGUGAUGAUUAUGUAAAGUUUGCGUUGGAGCGAGAACAGCUGGGAUUGCUACCAGCCGGCUUGGGUAUGCCGCAGACAAGGCAAGGGGCUGGAGUUUCGAGCAGUUCAAAUGGGCAGAGUACCAGUUUGUCCAAGGAUGGAACGGCCGAAACUUCACGGUCGUCCAGUGUGUCGGCGUUGAGCUCACCGAACAGUACUGGUGGUAGUCAACUUCAUUCGGCUGCUAAGGAAUAG